GGUGAUUGAUGCCAUUCGUUUUUUUUUCCCAAGAUGGCAGACAGGCGACGGCGGCGGAAGCGCGCGUCCCAAGACAGCGAGGACGAGGAAGAGUCCGGUUCCGGUACCGAGAGCGCGGGAUCCGGUCCGGCCUCGACGAAGAACCGGGCCAGGGUCCCCGAACCUGCGGUGGUGCCGCCGCCGCCGCCGAGCAGCGUCAGGGUCAAGGCAGACCGAGAGGGCGAGUCGGAGUGUGAGAGCGAAGAUGGUAUUGAAGGCGAUGCUGUCUUGUCUGAUUAUGAAAGUGCUGAAGAAAAUGGCUCUCGCUCUGAGGAAGAGGAGGAGGAGGAGGAGGAGGGACAGGUGGGAGGAGAACAGUGCAGCCAGGAGGAGAGACCCAAGCAGCCGGCCGAGAGCGUGCCGGUCGCUGGAGAGGAGGUGACGGAAGCAGCCCUGAGCAAGGAGGAGAAGUCAGAGGGGAAGGGGAAGACGCUGGCAGGAGAGAGGCAGAGUGGAGAUGGACAGGAGAGCACAGAGUCUCCGGAGAGCAAGCCCGAAGACGAGCCUGGGAAGAAGCUGGACGAUGACGAGGAUCGGCAGAACCCAGCGUACAUCCCCCGCAAGGGGCUGUUCUUUGAGCACGACGUGAGGGGGGCGGCACAGGAGGAGGACAUGCGGCCGAAGGGACGUCAGAAGAAGCUGUGGAAGGACGAGGGCCGCUGGGUUCACGACAAGUUCCGCGAGGACGAGCAGGCGCCCAAAUCCCGCGAGGAGCUCGUCUCCGUCUACGGCUACGAUAUCCGCCACCCGAGCGGGCCCUCUGACCUCCGACCCCAGCGCUCCCGCAAGCCCAGGUACAGUGGCAGCCCCCCCGCGGGGCGGGAUAAGAGGUGGAGUGACUCGGAGAAGCCGAGCCGCACUCCCUGGCAGUCUGGCACGAGCGGCAACGUCGCCAACCAUCACCACCACCCCCCUCCCUCGCCACAGCCGCAGCACGGCGCGCCCCAGUCCUCGCGGCCUUACGAGGGGGGCCGCAACUCCACGGGGGGGUCCGGGCGUGUCGCCCAGCAACCGCGCACCUUCCAGAACAGCAGGACUGCCCCCAGCAACUCCCCCUCCUCCCCUUAUUCACCGCACGGAGAAGGACGCACAAACGUCAAGCUUGUGGGACAGCACAGUAACCGCGAACGAGAGCGCGCCAAAAACUACAGCAACAGCCACCGCACCCGCUCCGAAUUCCAGCCCCCCCGGCAUUCUCCCAACGUGGUGGUGGAGGAGUACCGGGAUGAAGGGAACGAGGAGGAGGAAGGAGAGGCUAGGGAGUAUUAUUAUUAUCCCAGACAGUCCCAGGAGAGGGAUUUCCCGGCUCAGUCCCACAGGAAGGAGGAGGAGGAGGAGGAGGAGAGCACCCUUCCCUCCCCUCUCCCUCCGGCUCCGGAGCCCACGCCGGUACCCGAAAGGACUGUGGAAAAGAAAUCGUAUUCCCGAGCCAGGAGGACCCGGAAUAAGGCCUCGGAGAUCGGGAAGCAGGGAUCGGUGGAGGAGACCCUGACCCCCCUGCAGCCCGGGGAGGCCCAGCUGGACUCGCCUGCUCAGGUGCCCCCUCCUCAGAUGGCCCAGCUGACCCCCCCAGGAGUGAAGGCGGAGUCCUGGGAGCCCCCCCUGGAAGGGGGCAGUGGGGGGCUGGAGCACGAGAUGGCCCGCAUGAACCUGGGUGCGCAUCAGAGCUGGACUCCGAGCCAGCCUCCCUACAUUCCUGGAGAGAUGAGGGGUGAGUGGGGCAUCCCAAGUCAGAUGCCCCUGGGAGCAGCCCCUCAUCAGUACAGCAGGAUUGACGACAUGGGUGUGGGAGUGGGUCGAGCGAAGCGUUACUCCUCCCAGCGGCAGCGCCCUGUCCCCGAACCUGCAGCCAUGCACAUCGGCAUCAUGGAGGGACACUACUACGACCCGCUACCUUUCCAAGGACCAAUCUACACUCACAGUGAGAGCCCCGCCCCUCUCCCCCCGCAGGGCAUGAUGGUCCAGCCCGAAAUGCACCUGGCGCACCCAGGUCUGCACCCCCACCAGCCCCCCGCCCCUCUCCCGAACCCGGGUCUGUACGCUGGCCCCCCCGUCUCCAUGUCUCCCGGACAGCCCCCCCCAGGACCGCUCCUCGCACCCACGUACUACUCCCCCCCAGGGGUCAUGACCUUCAGCAACACAAACUUCUCCUACCCUGCUGGGGCCACACUGCCUCCCAUGUACCCCAACCCUCAGGUGUACGGCGGGGUCACGUAUUACAGCACGGUUCAGCAGCAGACUCAGUCCAUGCCCUCCCCGCCUCGCAGGACCUCCCAGCCAGUCUCCAUCAAGCCCCCUCCCCCCGAGGUCCCGCACCUGCUCCCGGAGUAGAGCUGCCUGCCUGCUGACCUUCUCAGGGGGAUGUGGAAAUGGUAAAUGAGAUUAGCAGCACCAAGACUGGGCAGAGAGCUUUCAAUAUGGACCGGACUGGAUCACCCCAGGCAGAAUCCUUUUAUUUACUUACAGUUUUUUUUUGUUUACUGUCUCUCAGAACCCCUCCAUGCCUCUCUCCCGUCAAUGUAAUCUCAGAAUUAAGUCUCCUUAUGCAGAAUGAAGCUCCCACACUCAAUGCAGCCUUAUCAAAGCCUGGGAGUUUUGUUGGUUAAAGAUUCCUGCAUGGUUUUACUUUCCGUGCCCCCCCCAGCAAUGAAGAGGUAUUGCAGCAGCCCAACACCCAUUAACUUAUUUAAACAAAAAACACUUUCUUUAGCUAAAAUACCAAUAUAAAACCGCGGCAAAAACUAUCCAGAUCUUUUUUCUUUCUGUGUAGUUUAAUAGCUAACGUGUAUAAAGAGAACUUUAGUUUCUAAAUAACUCAAGUCAAAUAGAGACCGUGUUUGGGCUUGGUGACUAGGCUGUGUUUCACCCUCGGCUGUUACUUUGGCAUUGUGUUCGAUGUCUGAUUGCAGACAGGCGCUCAUGUAGUUGCAAAUGCUUGUCUAGUUUCUGUUUUUUAGUUUUUUUUAAUAUAAUUUAUUUUUCAUUAUUAAAGGCGGGGGGGGGGGGGUGCAGUUACUAUGAAGUGAAAACUGUAGAUGUUUUAAUUUCUCUCUAGUCGAUUUUUGUACUAAAAACCAGGUGCUGUGAAAAGUAUUGCAGUAUAAACCAGUAUCUGUUAAUGUUUGAAAUAAAAAAAAUAUAUAUGAUUAAAGAGAGAGAGAAUAAUGUAUUGUUUCUCU